GGGGCGCGGGCCGGCGGCGGGGAGGCGCCCGCGUCCAAGGCCCGGGCCGGGCCUGAGCGCCGCGCCAUGGCGGAGACCAAGAUCAUCUAUCACAUGGACGAGGAGGAGACGCCGUACCUGGUCAAGCUGCCCGUGGCGCCCGAGCGCGUCACGCUGGCCGACUUCAAGAACGUGCUCAGCAACCGGCCCGUGCACGCCUACAAAUUCUUCUUCAAGUCCAUGGACCAGGACUUCGGGGUUGUGAAGGAGGAGAUCUCCGACGAUAAUGCUAGGCUGCCCUGCUUCAACGGCCGCGUGGUCUCCUGGCUGGUCCUGGCUGAGGGCACACACUCGGAUGCAGGGUCUCAGGGCACUGACGGCCACGCAGACCUGCCCCCGCCUCUCGAGCGGACAGGUGGCAUCGGGGACUCCCGGCCCCCCUCCUUCCACCCGAAUGUGGCCGGCAGCCGAGAUGGGAUGGACAAUGAGACCGGCACGGAGUCCCUGGUCAGCCACCGGCGGGAGCGAGCCCGACGCCGGAACCGCGAGGAGGCCACCCGGACCAACGGGCACCCGAGGGGGGACCGGCGGCGGGACCUGGGGCUGCCCCCCGACAGCGCGUCCACCAUGCUGAGCAGUGAACUUGAGUCCAGCAGCUUCAUCGACUCGGAGGAGGACGACAACACCAGCCGGCUGAGCAGCUCCACGGAGCAGAGCACCUCCUCCCGGCUCAUCCGGAAGCACAAGCGCCGGCGGCGGAAGCAGCGCCUGCGGCAGACAGACCGGGUAGGUGUGGGCCCGAGCGGGCAGGUGGGUCCCAGCCGCGGUCCCACCCGCAGCCCCUCACCUGGCGCCGCCCCGCAGGCCUCCUCCUUCAGCAGCAUCACGGACUCCACCAUGUCCCUGAAUAUCAUCACCGUCACGCUCAACAUGGAGAGGCACCACUUCCUGGGCAUCAGCAUCGUGGGCCAGAGCAACGACCGGGGCGACGGCGGCAUCUACAUCGGCUCCAUCAUGAAGGGCGGCGCCGUGGCCGCCGACGGCCGCAUCGAGCCGGGUGACAUGCUGCUGCAGGUGAACGACGUCAACUUUGAGAACAUGAGCAACGACGACGCGGUGCGGGUCCUGCGGGAGAUCGUGUCCCAGACAGGGCCCAUCAGCCUCACUGUGGCCAAGUGCUGGGACCCGACGCCCCGGAGCUACUUCACCAUCCCGAGGGCUGACCCCGUCCGGCCCAUCGACCCGGCCGCCUGGUUGUCCCACACGGCGGCGCUGACCGGAGCCCUGCCCCGCUACGGUACGAGCCCCUGCUCCAGCGCCGUCACGCGCACCAGCUCGUCCUCACUAACCAGCUCGGUGCCCGGCGCUCCGCAGCUGGAGGAGGUGCCGCUGACGGUGAAGAGUGACAUGGGCGCUGUCGUCCGGGUCAUGCAGCUGCCGGACUCAGGCCUGGAGAUCCGCGACCGCAUGUGGCUCAAGAUCACCAUCGCCAACGCCGUCAUCGGGGCGGACGUGGUGGACUGGCUGUACACGCACCUGGAGGGCUUCCGUGAGCGGCGGGAGGCGCGCAAGUACGCCAGCAGCAUGCUGAAGCGUGGCUUCCUGCGCCACACGGUGAACAAGAUCACCUUCUCCGAGCAGUGCUACUACGUCUUCGGGGACCUGUGCAGCAAUCUCGCGGCCCUGAACCUCAACAGCGGCUCUAGCGGGGCCUCGGAUCAGGACACGCUGGCCCCGCUGCCCCACCCGGCCGCCCCCUGGCCCCUGGGGCAGGGCUACCCCUACCAGUACCCGGGGCCCCCACCCUGCUUCCCGCCUGCGUACCAGGACCCCGGCUUCGGCUACGGCAGCGGCAGUGCUGGCAGUCAGCAGAGUGAAGGAAGCAAAAGCAGUGGGUCCACCCGGAGCGCUGGCGGGAGCAGCCGUCGGGCCCUGGGGCGUGAGAAGGAGAGCCGGUCGGCUGGAGCUGGGGGCAGUGGCAGCGAGUCAGACCACACAGUGCCAAGUGGGGUGGGCAGCGGCGGCUGGCGGGAGCGUCCUGCUAGCCAGCUCAGCCGUGGCAGCAGCCCGCGCAGCCAGGCCUCGGCCGCCGCCCCAGGGCUCCCCCCGCUGCACCCCCUGACAAAGGCGUACUCGGUGGUGGGCGGGCCGCCUGGGGGGCCGCCUGUCCGGGAGCUGGCCGCUGUCCCCCCAGAGCUGACGGGCAGCCGCCAGUCCUUCCAGAAGGCCAUGGGGAACCCCUGUGAGUUCUUUGUCGAUAUCAUGUGACCAAGGAGAGAGUGCUUCCAGCCUGGCCGUGGGGCAGCCAGUGGUCCUGCUGCCCCUGCAGGAGGGUGCUGCACCUGGAGCUGUGGCCUUCGUGGCCUUCCUGGGCCAGACCAGCCUGUGCUUUGUGCCAUGGGGUCUGGGCCUGGCCAGAGUGGCAGCAGGCUAGAGGGGAGGGGCUGAGGGCAGCCCAGGCCACCGUAACCUGGAUGGCAGCCCGUCCACUCCUGGCCAGAGCAGCUGUGUCUGUGCAGACCCUGGUGGGGGGGGCCUCCAUCUCCCCGUGCUCAGGCAGGUCUGACCUGCCCCCCUUGGCGUGUGCCUCAGGGACCCGCACUCGCCCACAGUGCUGUGCACAGGGCCUCAGGUUGAGCUGAGAGGUGGCCGCUAGGCCUGGGCCCCCCUCUUCACCCGGUUCACAGGCCCCACCCCCCAUCCUGCCCAGGCCGGGGUGGGGGGCCCUCUCGGGGGUAGGGUCCUAGCCCCGAGGCCUCUCUGUGGCUGCCCAGGGUAGGGAUCUAAUUUAUUUAUUUAUUGCCUGGCCUGUGUGCUCCACGGGGUGGCAGCCAAGUCAGCUGUCCCCCACUACCAGCCACUGGAGCAGAGUUUCAUGUAUUCCCCCCCCACCCCGCAGGGACACACGGUGUGUCGGAAGGUGUGCGGGAGGACGGUGAGGGGGAGAUGGCAGGAGAGGGAAGGUGACCCUGAGGGCGAGGGCCACAGAUGCACACAGCUGCUGCCGGGGCGGGGUCUGGGGCAGAGGGCGUGGCCAGCUCGCCCCUCCCCGCGGUCCUGGGGUGGCCGCCCACGCACGCACGCACGCACGCAGGCUGCUCCCGCCCAGGGUCGCUGGCCUGCACACGUCUGCACUGUAGAUACCGAAUGGAGCUGGAGCGUCGUCCGGAUAGUUAAUAGAGCUGCUUCUGUGUAAAUGCUAUUUUAAACACUAAAAAGCAUUUAAUUUUAUGGGA